GCAGGAGUGUCAGUUACUCUAUCUUAAGUACAAUUAGUCACACGACGAACGGCUGUUGGCGAAAAUGAAAUACAAUCACAGUAUUACAGGGUCUGUCUGAGGUCAUGGUGAGGGCUUAACCACUUUGGCUCGGUACCACCUGAAUCACUUUUUUUGGUUGGAUGAUGGAACGAAGACGUGGUGAGACCCGACGCCCGUUCUACCGGGCCGGUGCCGGCACUGCCACGAGUCCCGGUGCCGUCCCCAAGACCAGUGCGGAGAUCGUGCAGGAGGCACGGCAGUCGCUGAGGACCCUGUGCACCCGACGACCCUUCACCCCCAGGGAGGAGCAGCGGCAGCUGUUUGGGGAGGGCUCCUCGCGCCCUCGAGAUGCACGGCCCCCCUCCUCAUUCAGUCUGCAUGCCCGCAACUUUGAAGCGCCAGACUCCAGACCGGGUUCCGGAACCCGCCUCUCUCCACUUGAUCACAAACCCAGGCUUCUGGCUGCCAUGCGGGACGGGGGUGCCCCGCAGGAGGGGGCUGAUGACGCUGUGGCGCUGGUCGUGGCAGGAGUGGCGGCGGCAUCACUGCCCAAGCCUCCCGCUGAGCAGACAGACGGCCGGAGCAGGAAGGGCCCGGGGGCCGCCAGAGCCAGGCUGCUACGCGCCGGAUCCACCUCCAGACUCCUACCGCCAGUCAGCCCACACACCGAGGGUAAGAGAGAUGGAGAGAGAGGCUGCAGAGGCAAGAUAUCUCUGGCAGACCCAUCAUCAGAUCCCCCACCUGCAGGAGUCAGCAGCAGUGGAGCGAGAGCAGGUAAAGAGUGUUCCAAUGGGGAUGCGUCAGGAACAGGAAGUGAUGUCACAGAGGAGGCCCUCUGGAAUUUGGUGGUAUCGCCACUCCUCCAGGAGUUCGAGGCCGUUGCUACAGGAGGGAGUGCAUCUGAGGAGGCUGUGAGACGUGUGUGUGAUGCGUGCUCCAGUCUGCACGCCGCGCUGCAUGAGAGGGGCAUGCUGGGUAGGCGUCUGAGGAGGAGGGCCGUGCUGCUGCGCUCCCUCUUCAGGCUCAUAGACCUCGGCUCCGACCAGCUCAACCUGCAGCUGGCUAAACUCAUACUGGCUCUGAAAGUGAGUGGAAAAAACCUGCUGAACAUUUGCAAGCUCAUCUUCAAAAUCAGCCGCAGCGCCAGCAACGAUGCCCUUUUCCAAAACAACUCUAUCAUAGACUCGUUGCUGGAGCUGCUGCGCUGCGAAGAGGCGAGUGUGAGCGUGAGUGUGUGUGGCGAGGCACUGCUCUACUGCGUGGCCACCCUCAAGUUCCUGUCGGGAAACAGCGCCCUCCGCAGGCUGAUGCUGGAGAAGGACUGCCUCGCCACGCUCAGCCAGCUCACCACACACACACUCACACUCACGCACACAAACAGCCAACACACACAAACACACAUGCCGGCGAGGCAGGAGAACGCUGGUGGUGCCACCUCCACGCACACUACGGCUGGACAUAUUCUUGUGCAGCUGACAGCGACCUUGAGGAACCUGGCGGACGUGUCUGAGUCUCGGCCGUGCUUCAUCUCCACUGGUCUCCUGGGCCAGCUGACUACAGUCCUACAGCACCAUCACGCCGACACAGACGUCUGCACCAACGUGGCACGCAUAUUCAGCAAGCUGUCCUCCUAUAACGAGUGUUGCCUGGUCUUGGCAGAGAUUCCUGGUUGCUGUAGGAUAUUUAUAGACCUGUUGGGCAAACACAGCAAGAAGCAGGACCUGGUGGUGCGCUUGCUGUUCACUCUGGGCAACCUGGCGUCCCGCAGCCCUGAGGCUCGAGAGCGCAUCUACGAGGAGAAGGGCGGGGUGGACACCCUCCUCCGCCUCUUCCGCUCCUACCAGGAGCUGCUGCCCCGCCCCUCAGGCCCCCAGGGGCCCCCCUCGGCCCUCUGUCCUCCUCCUCCUCCUCCUCCUCCCCUAUCCUCUUCUCCUCUUGGGGUCUCGGGGAGGGAGGAGGUCCUGGUGAAGCUGAUCCGAGUGUUGGCCAACCUCUCCCUGCACCCCUCCGCGGGCACAGCCCUGGCCGCCAGCAACGACUGCCUGGACCUGCUCCUCACCGUCAUGGAGCGGAGUUCAGUAGAGCAGAGUGAGGAGCUGAUGGUGAAUGCUGCGGCAGCCAUCAACAACCUGUCCUUCUACCAGGGAGAGAGCUCGGUGGUGCGCAGCAGGCACACACACAUCUCCAGCUUGAUGUUGAGGCUGCUGCUGAGCUCCAGUAUGGCGGCGGUGCUGGAGGCCACUCGUGUGUUUGGGAACCUCUCGCAGAUACCCGCCGCCAGGCUCUUCAUCAUGGAACACAAAGUGCAUCAGUUUGUGGUGACUCUGCUGGACUCCAAGAGCUCGGACGUGUGUUUCUCCGCGUGCGGCGUGCUAAUCAACCUCUCAGCAGAGCCGCACAACAGACACGCGCUGAGGCAGGAAGGAGUUAUACUCAAGCUGGGGGAGUGCUUGCGGGACUUUGGGCCCAGUGAUUGGCAGCUGGCCGGCCUGGUGUGCCAGACCCUGUGGAACUGCACGGAGGACAGCAUUCAGAAUGGCACCGAGGAGCUGCUCCACACACUCGCUCUGUACCUAGACGAGGAGGAGGCUCUGUCCCCCUGGUGUGACGAGGCCAUGCGGGAGCUGCACCAGGUCUGCUGGGAGACAGAGUUCUGGCCCGUCGCCCAGAGGCUGCAGAGGAGGAUCCUGAACCUGCCCGCCACCGCCACGCCCUCCCACCGAAUCACACAAGAGCCUGCUUGAGCUGAGCUGAACUCAGCUGAGUUUGGUUAAAUUGGACUGUUGAGUUUGGUUAAAUUGGGUUGGGUUGGAUUGGAUUAAGUUGGGUUGGAUUAAGUUUGUUGAGUUGGGUUGGAUUGGCCUCCAGGGGACUAUUCCAAAGACCUGGCUUGGUAGUUAAGUUAACCUUGAGGUAGUAGUGGUAAAUCACCUAAUAGAAGAGCCUUAAGAUUUCAUUUCUUUAACUAAAUGACACAUUUGGGCUGUCUGUUAGCAGUUUUACCACUUCCUGUAGGUUACUUAGCCAGGUUUGUUACUUAACCAUGUCCUUGGAAUACCCCUCGCCCAGUUCCUGCAUUUCUUUGACUGGGUGUUAAUGUGUGCAUUCCAAUAUGCAGGCUCCCGUCCUCCACUUGUGCUUGUGGCCUCGCGUUUCCACAAAAACGUUUCCCCGCAGUCAGCCUUGCCACAACAAUUUUUGGGGAACUGUUAUUCAUUCACCAUCUCGAUUGAAAAUGAGAAAGUGACAUUAGAAUUGUGCUUUUGCAAGAUAUUGAAUUAAUUUACUGUUGUCAGAGAUGUCAUCUUGUGCUCACAAGCAUGCAAAGGGAGGACGGGAGUCCGCAUAUUGAGUCUUGUGUUUACACCUCUACCACCAUGGGACGUCACUCUCCUUCUCAGGGCGCGCUCUGCACUUUAAUAGCUUUGGGUUUUUUUAUUAGUACUGUAUGGAUCGUUAAUUAUGGGUUUACUCCAGGUACACAUAAAAAAAUGCUGUGUUAAUAAUUACACAGUUAGAGAGAGUACACUGAGACCAAACACACUCUAGAGGAUGUUGAAUUAACUCUCUAAUGCCUCUUUUCCACUGCCGGUUUUCUGGUAGGCCUACAGCACGACUCGGCGCGACUCAGCCGCCACUUUUUGCUUCAUGAUUGAUCUGUGUUGUGCCUAUUCGAAAAGCAAAAAGUGACAUCCGAGUCGCGCUGUGUGGAGCUGUAGGCCUACCAGAAAACCGGCAGUGGAAAAGAGGCAUAAGUGUUGCAUUGAUGCUGCAUUUUUUUUUUUUUUACUGUGUAGUGGUUUGUGCUUCUGACUGAAUGUGAACAGCUUUGGGUGAACAGGUGUAACUGAUUACGUACUGAUUGCACUUUAUUGUAAAAAAAAAAAAAAAAGGGUGGGAAAAAGGAAAUGAAAGAACAACAUGAAAAAAAAGAAAAUGGUGGAAGUGAUUUGGAAGUCAUUGUGUGUUUUGUAGUUGCCUUGAUACAAAGGGCUGAGGAACAAUAGGGUUUUUAUGGUUUAAUCUGGGGAACACAAGGCCAGGGUUUUGUAUUGUUUAAUCUAAAUCUGUGU